AUGGCAAAGAUUACGAGACAAGCCUGUGAGAAGCUGUUAGAGCUGAAGUCAGGAACACUAAAGCUCAAGGAUAUAGAAGACGAAGUCGUGGUGCACUUCAAAACUGAAGUACCAGUAGAUGAGCCUUCUCCAGUGCCAGCACUCCGCAAAAAAUAUGCAAAUUCUGUGCAAAAAGCAGAAGAGAUCCCAAUGGCAUUGGGUGUGGUUGUGGAUGUCAAGAAGUAUGACCGUCAUCUUGCUAAUGAACUUCUGACAACAUUCAGACAAUACCGUACAAAGGAUGAUGUUCUCAUUGUGAAAGGGACCUUUGAAGAGGUGGACGAAUUUUACAAGAAAUUUCGGCAAGUUGUUGGACAUCCAAUAACAAGUAAUACCCACACUUUGUCCGAACACACCAACCCCGACCAGAUGGAGACCAGUAGAGACGCUAGUACAGAGACUUUGAGGGUGCCACUGUAUCACUACUGGUACAUGAAUCACAUGCUCAGAAAGGAAAUAGAAAGUAUUCAAGAGAAACAUGGAGUGGAAAUCAAAGAUGAUGUAUGUGUUUCAGUUGAAGAGACUACUGGAGCCAAUAGCAAGUCGGUCACAAAUGCCUCUCAGGAAUUUCAAAAACUUUUCCUGGAAUGUACUGCUGAUAUUGUGAGUGUCACAGUGCCAAGUGUAGUUGAAGUGGUAAGGGAGAUUCAGAGCUUAGAUGACAAACUCAUGCUUUAUACCUCUGCCCAGAACUGGAACCUAGUAGGGCCACGUCAUCAUGUAGCUGCAGCACAGCUGAAUCUGCCAGGUUACAAGGAAGAUACAAGACCCAAGAUGUCUGAGAAUGGACGGCAGGACACAGCUGAAAACACGAGUUUCCGUAAGAGAUGGGAUGGACCCAAAGGUAUUGAGAUGGACAUCAAGGACCCUCACCUGUCCAAGGGGCUGCGCAUUGAGUGUGACUAUUGGGAGCUCAUGGGGAAAGCUUUCCAGAAACAAAUUAAGGAUCUUGAGAAUAAAUUUGAUGUUGACUUCCAGGAAAACAAGAUCGAUAAAUAUGUAAUUAUCACAGCUCAGACCAGGGGGAAUAACAUAGUCUUUCUGGAAAUGAAUGCCUUAAGGGCACUCAUGUCUCUUUAUGAAAAGGCUUUUAUGACAACUAUGUACUGUUCUUUGCAAAACCCAUCUUACCACCAAACAGAGAAGGUAAAGAAACAUCUCAGCGUCAUCCGAGAACAGAACUCAUCUUUUGUUGUUGCAGAUGGAAUACAGAAUGGAGUCUGGAGCAUGGUUGGCCUUCCAGAUCAUCUACGUUUUGCAGUAAGCAAAAUCGAGAAGCUUGUUGGAGAAGCUAUCUUUGAUAAAAAACACAAGGACGUGAUUGGAUGUGAGCGAGGUACUGAGUACUUGAUACCGUAUUUUGAUGAUCCAGCAAGGGAAGCUACAAAAGGGGAUGAAGAAAUGGAGUGGAAAGGAGCAGCUGGUGGGAAACUGGUUAAUGAGAACAUGGGAGAACAGGACAAGCAGGAUGGAUAG